CCUUUAUAGGUAUAAAGUUUUCCAUCCUUCAGGUAUGCAGUACAACAUUGAUGAUUACCAAAUUAACUUCUAAUAAAGAUUUAACUGAUUGAUUGACACACACUUAUGAGGACAAUAGAUAAGUUAUAUGUCGUUUUGGUACAGCUAAAAUCUAUAUGCGGAGGACUGUUGCCUUGUUUAUUUCUGAGAAAUAUAUAUAACAUAUAAUGUAUAAGUAUGUAUGUAAGGUGAUGGAUACCAGGGUUUGUUACAUGUUUAGGAAACUUUUUUAAAACUAAGUAUUAGCCCGAUUUGAAUGGAAGCCCUAUAAGUUAUAUAAUAGCUCUUCGCCAGCCUGAUCACACUUGUGUGGUAAUUAACCAUAUGUUGUUAUUUGUUACUUAGAAAUGUUAUAUGUUUUAUGUACAUGAUUAUUAUUAUUGCUUUAUUCUGUGUACAGUAAACUUCUGACGCUUAAUGUUGUAAUCCCUUUUGAUCUCUGCCUGUGCAUAGCUGUUCACAGCGCUCUUGUUGUCAAUUAACGUUCAAUGGCCAUUUAAUUAGUAUGUAAAAACUUGCAGAGAUAUAAAGCCUGGCGAAUUGUUACGCUCAGUUCCUUGAUAAGGACAAACAAGGUCUUUGCUGCUGUUGUAUAGCCUUAUUUAUAACCCCAAAAAUACACAUAUGUAGCUUGAGACCACAAUUUGUAAAGUGCGAAAAACAUUGAAUAUUUAAGAAAGCUUAUUUUGCCAAAGAUAUCAAGUAAGUUUUUCAGAGUUUACUUCUUAACACACCCCACACAUUAUUUCCUCUUAUGGCAGAGAAAGGUUCAAGCGUCUAAAUUCUGUGUGUCUGACCUCUGACUUUCAUGCAUGACCCAGUUUAUUUUGUUAUACCGCAGAAGCUUACAUCCACAUAUAUCAGAUUUCACUGGUGGACAAGUGAUCGCCCGCUUUAUUGCUCCUGAAUUCUCUAAGUGAAAACUGCUGUAACUUUCUCAUACCCAGAACUGUUUUCUUUGACCUAAGCAAGAUGCAUUUAUUACUACUAUUAUUAAGUUUUAAAAAAUAAAAUGAUCAGAAUCAUAAAAAUCCACACAUCACAAAAUAUUUCUUAACAAAUAUGUGUACAGGCAAAAGAAUGCAACAAUACAGGUGUAUGUAAAUAUACCGUCAAUGUAAUUAUGUAACUCAAUUCGCAUUAAAAUUCGCCUUUCCCUGCCCGACAACCAAGCAGCAGAAGAUCCAUGUAUAAUACAAUAUGAAUUGGGGUCGGGCUUUUUGAAUAGCGCUUUGAUUUUAUUAAUACAAUGAAUGAAAUCCUCAUGAAAUGGCUGAAAAGGAAGUAUGUCAAGUAAAUACCAUUUCAUUUGUACUACCUAGCACAUUGGGCCUACUAUAGUGCUUGAAAGGCAUAUCUGCAGUGUCGUGAUAACUUUUGUUAUGGUUGAAGAAUUUAAAAUGUACUUCGGACCAAUAUCUUCAUCUUAGAAAUUAAGUAGGACUAUUUUAUUUUGUUCAUAUGGACAUGUUGUCUCACAUGAAUGAUCUUGAUGUCUCCUAAUCCCAAUUUACUUGGAAUUCGACGGUGGAAAGUUAUUUCCAGAAAAAUUAACGAGUUCUAUCAUGUACGAGUUUGUUUAUGUUUUUCGGACGCCAGAGCAAUACAAUAUUUGGAAAAACUCGAUGCUGAUAGAGGUAUAAAUGAUUUUCUAAUUCAAUUAUAAGAUAAAACAUUUUCAGUUAAAGUUAAAAACGUGGAGUUUCUAAGAACAUUCAGUAUAUAGGCCUGCUCUUUCUACACUUUUAUACCUCCGUGCAUCACUUGCCACAAUGUCUAAACAAAACAAAUUUAUGGGUAACUUCCGUGUGUCUGGACCGUGGAAAGCCGAGGUGGCGGUGUGUUUGUAAACACAGUUUCCCAUCGCUUGUCUGCUGAAGUAAUACUAUCUCAGGGUGACUUGUUAGCUUUGCAGUUUGGCUAAUGUAGUACAUAGCUUUUAUAAAAGCUUUCCACUUUUCCGACGAGUUUAUUUCUGGACGCUGCAAUGUAACAAUGACAGCACACCAACCUGUCGUGAUUCAGUCUGUGGAUGAAUUGUUAAGUUGUGUAAAAAGUUGCAAGGAUUGUUGUAAAGGAGACUAUAUUUCAUUCCAUUGUCCGUUAUGUCCACCGUCAAAGUUCAAGCCAACAAGGAAGAAGAAAGCAGAGAACCAUUUGAGAGCUGUACACUGGAAAGCACGCGUUGAGGGACAAAAUGGUUUUCGUCAGAAGACUUACAAGUGUCCAGGAUUAUUCCAUUUGCGGACGAGGAACUCAACAAUGAGGAGCAGGAUUCCAACAUGUUUAUUUGUGUAUCUGAUGUCAUUUCACAGGUUGAUGUGAUCGACCAGUAUGUGGAAGGCUUGUUGACAGACAGAGGUUCAAAGUGGUCCGAGAGCUCUGAGCUGGAGAUUUUCUUGACAAAUCCGAGAAGGGAAUUUCUAAAGGGCUUUGGUUUCGGUUAUGUCUUGGACUUGGCUUAUACAUAUCUCGAAGCCUAUGUGGAAAAAAAGUUCUUCAAAUUGAAGCCUAGGGACAAACGGCGCCCCGCCACAUCUGGAUUUGUACACAAGCUAGCCCAGCUACCAGGAACCGAGCGAAUUCAGAAGAUUUUAAAUGUGGAUGGGUACGAAGGGACAGUCAGGAAUAGGAGAUGUAAGGAAGCUUUGGUUCGGGAUGUAGUCGCACUGCUUGUAUCCAACAAACUGCACAUAUCUUUACCAGAAGCAAGACGAAGAUGCUGUCAAACUGAACAUUCAUCGUUACACACGGCACUUAAAAAAAGUGAACAAUUAAGAGCACACGGCUUAAUCAGCAGUACCGAGUCGUAAAUGGCAUGCUGUGUGUGUAAAUAAUAGAUGACCGAUGAGUUGACAAUGUGUAUUUUAUACCAUUGUUAUCAUUGUAUCAUGGCUAUAUGCCUUGUACAUAUAGCCUACACCUAUAAUGUAUUUUUCAUUCCACCUCCAUACCAUUCAUUGCUUCACUUACACAUGUAUAGAAUCUUAGAAUGUACAAGAGAGUUAAUACACUAAUAAACUUGCCUAGGGUACUGCAGCAUAUGUAAUGAAACACAACUUUUAUCCGUACAUCUCAGUAAAGCGUUCUUCAGUUUAUAAUAGUUUUUCUGUAAAGGUUUUUGCAAACCGGAUGAAUACAAUGCUGUAACCAUUUUUAGGGAAAGGAACUUGUUGAAUUAGAGUUUCUGUUGGCAAACUCUCCAUGGGCGGUGGGUUAUGGCACUGC